AUGGUGAAGAUUAGCCGUUCGUUGGUGGUGCUGUUGUCGCUUUGUGCCUGCAGUUACGCUCAGUACCAGUAUCCCCAGCAGCGACCUGGUGCGACCCAAGAAGCUGGAUCUCAGCCCACUGGCGGACCUGUGGACAAUCGAAUUAUACCCUUGGGUGGUCUGCUCGGUGGCGGUGGAGGAGGUGGUCUGCUCGGCGGCGGCGGAGGAGGGGGCCUGUUUGGCAACCUGUUGGGUGGCCUCUUGGGCGGAAAUAAUGCUCGCCCACCACCACCGCCAGCAUCGUACCCUGGAUUCGGAGGCGGCUAUCCUGGAUAUGGCGGGGGCUAUCCUUCAUAUGGAGGCGGUUAUCCUGGCGCAUUUGGUGGCGGGUAUACUGGUGGCCUUCCAGGUGGGUUUGGAGGUGGUUAUGGCAACCCCUAUGGCGGCUAUUACGGCUAA